UGCGCUUCGAUAAGACGCAGUGGACAGCUCGGUUGGCUUUCAGUACACACUUUAUAUAGCCACUCGUGUAGUUGCUGACGGUCGUCUGCCGGACACUUGCUGUUGCGCUCCGUUGUGAGAUCUGACAACCUCGGUGAUCAGCGCAGGACUUUUUUCUGCGGUAGACAACGUGCCAGAGGUUGAAGUUAGCCUCUUAAAGUCCGGAUCGUACUACUUGGGAUAAGUCAGUAACAUGGUCCCGUCCACCAUCCGUUGCGUUUAUCUGUUGCUGCUCAUCAACUUCGCCUACUCUGGGCGGGUUAUGAGAAAGAUAAAGGAGCGUGUGCACCAAGUUCAGUACCAGCGGGCAAAACAUCACCUGCUGCUGGGUGCUGUCGCGGGCCGCCGGCCUGUGAUGCAGGUCAAAGGGGGCAUCAUCCACCAGCCCCUGGAUCACUUUGACAGCCUACUCCCUGGCACCAUCCCGCAGAGGUUUUUCGUGAAUGAGGCGUACUGGCAGUCUCCAGAUGGGCCGGUGUUCCUCUACAUCGGAGGGGAGUCAGCCAUCUCAGAGUACAGCGUACAGGCAGGUCACCAUGUGAGCAUGGCCGAGGAGCACGGGGCCCUGCUGGUUGCCCUGGAGCACAGGUUCUAUGGGGAGAGUAUCAACCCAGAUGGCCUGAGAACGGAGAACCUGAGAUACCUGUCCAGCCAACAGGCACUGGCUGAUCUGGUGGCUUUCUAUGACUACAUCAGUGACCGCUACAGCUUGUCCCACAAGAAUACCUGGAUCAGCUUCGGGGGCUCCUAUCCCGGCUCUCUGUCUGCCUGGCUCCGCGGCAAGUUCCCUCACCUCAUCUACGCCUCCGUGGCCUCCUCCGCCCCGGUCAAAGCCAAGCUGGAUUUCUCCACCUACAACAAGGUGGUGGGAGAGAGCCUCAUGGACAAAGGGGUUGGAGGCUCAGUUGAGUGCGUAAACGCGGUGUGGGAGGCCUUUGCGGCCGUGGAGGCGGCCCUCCUCGGGGGCAACGAGACGCAGGCGGGCAAGGACUUCGGCUGCUGCACCCCGCCCACAAAGCUAGAGGACCAGACCGAGCUGGUGCAGAACCUGGCUGACAUCUUCAUGGGCUCCGUGCAGUAUAACCAGGAGGGGGCGACGCUGAGCAUCGACAAGGUGUGCACGAUCAUGACCAAUAAGAGUGAGGAGAUCGAGGAAGAGGAGGAGGCCUACGACAGGCUGGUGAAGCUGGUCGCGAUCUACCGGGCAAGUGAGGAGGUGCCCUGUCUGAACAUCUCCCAUGACCACGAGGUUCUGGAGCUGAGCAACACCACUGUGAAGACGACCGGCGUAGGAGAGAGGCAGUGGUACUACCAGACCUGCACUGAGUUCGGUUACUACCAGACCUGCGAGGACGCCUUCUGCCCCUUCUCCCGCAUGUUAACGCUGAAAUCUCAGACGGAACUCUGCCCCCUGCUGUUCGGCAUCCCUCAGAGCAGCCUCCAUUCCAACGUCGCCUUCACCAACAAGUACUAUGGCGGCGACCAUCCCCAAACGCACAGGGUGCUGUACGUCAAUGGUGACAUCGACCCCUGGCACGAGCUCAGCGUGCUCCAGAAUGGGACCUCGGUGGACAGGGACAGGGCCAUCGUCAUCAAGGGCACAGCGCACUGCGCCAACAUGAACACGCCCCAGGCCUCGGACCCCCCGGCUCUCACAGAGGCUCGGCGCGAGAUCGAGGUGCACGUCGCCAGGUGGCUGAAAACUGCAGCGUGGGAGCACAUGUGAGGUGGUCACGGCAACCAGCGGCAAGCCUCCUGUUCGGAGUGCCCGGCGACACGAGUGACCCCACGUCAAUCUGCCUGGCAACCUGAGUCGACACCACUCUGGCUUUCCAAGUGACUCUCACAAGUGCAACCCUGAACUCAUGUGUGUGAGCGUGU